CGACCGAACGACAAAAUGAAGGCCUUCUGGACUCUCCUGGUGGUCUCACUGCUGGCAGAGGAGACAGCCGCUGCUCACGUGUCUCGAACACGGAGAGAGCUGGCCCCGGGAUUGCACGAACGGGGGAUUCGAGAUGCGGGGGGCUCAUACUGCGAACGCCAGAAUGCCUGCUGCCCCGGGAGGAACGACGCUUGCACAGUGCCAUACCUUGAUACCAUUUGUUACUGCGACCUGUUCUGCAACCGCACAGUCUCGGACUGCUGUCCCGAUUUUUGGGAAUACUGCUUGGGCAUUGAACCCCCAUUUGUCGUGCACAAGGGCUGCGUCCGCAGUGGGCAAAGAUUCCCAACAGGUGCAACCUACAGAGAUAACUGCAACCUCUGCACUUGCAAUGGAAACGGACAAUGGGACUGUGAAAGCCACGCCUGCCUCAUGAAUGGGGAAUUGAUUGACGCUGUCAACAGAGGGAAUUAUGGCUGGACAGCCUCCAACUACAGCCAGUUCUGGGGCAUGACGCUGGAAGAGGGGCUCCAGUACCGGCUAGGCACCCUCAAGCCUCCCACGGCUGUCAUGAACAUGAACGAGUUGCAUAUGAACAUGGAUGCCAACGAGAUACUUCCCCCCUAUUUCAAUGCUGCUGAGAAAUGGUCUGGAAUGAUCCACGAGCCGCUGGACCAAGGCAACUGUGCCGGCUCCUGGGCCUUUUCUACUGCAGCGGUGGCCUCGGAUCGAAUCUCCAUCCACUCCAUGGGGCACAUGAAGCCCGCCUUGUCCCCCCAGAACCUCCUUUCCUGCAAUACCCGCCACCAGCAAGGCUGCAAUGGGGGCCGGAUUGAUGGGGCUUGGUGGUUCCUGCGCAGGAGAGGGGUGGUGACAGAUGAUUGCUAUCCUUUCAACAACCAGGACAAAGACAGCUCUUCAGCUCCCCCUCCUUGCAUGAUGCACAGUCGAGCCACAGGCCGAGGGAAGAGGCAAGCCACCGCACGUUGCCCGAACCCCUGGGCCCACUCCAAUGACAUCUACCAGUCUACCCCUGCCUACCGACUCUCCUCGAGCGAGAAGGAGAUCAUGAAAGAGCUAAUGGAAAACGGACCUGUGCAAGCCAUCAUGGAGGUGCACGAAGACUUUUUCAUGUACAGGAGCGGAGUUUAUCAGCAUACGCCUGUGGCGGCUGGAAAGCCAGAGCAGUACCGACGGCACGGCACCCAUUCCGUCAAAAUCACAGGGUGGGGAGAAGAGCAAACACCUGACGGGCAAAACCAGAAAUAUUGGAUCGCUGCUAAUUCCUGGGGACAGCACUGGGGCGAACAUGGCUACUUCCGCAUUGCUCGCGGCACCAAUGAAUGUGAGAUCGAAACCUUUGUAGUGGGUGUCUGGGGCCGUGUCGGAAUGGAGGACAUGCACCACAAAAAGUGAGGAGGGACCUGCCCCACGUUAGCUCACCAGCACAGACUUCUUUCCUUCUGUAACCCCUGCCCACCACCUUCUCCAAAAAGUCUUGAGAUCCACCACACAGCCGAUUCUCACCCUCGCGUCUGUCUCCAAAGCGAACAGGCACAAUCCAAUUUCUACACAGGACUUUGCGAGGCCUAGAACUG